AUGACCAAUAUUGCGAGCAUGGUCGGUAAAGUCUUUCCAUCUAGAGUUCUAUGUGAGACUAACAAUAGCCUUCUGAAGCUCACAAACACCAGAACUGGUCUGACAACGAUCAAGAACAAUCUUGGCACGGCCAGACGAGAGCUUUCUACUGACGACAAGGCAAAAUUGGACCUGUUCAUGGCUUUAUAUGGAAUAUUUGAUCCAACAGACAAGGACGCUAUUACAGCCGCGGAAACCAGGAUAACCAAGAUCGAUUGGUAUGCUCAACAGUUGCUGGGUGCUCUCGGUGAAGAUGACCUUGCCAUUGAUGUUUUUUGCAAUGACGACCAUCUUGUAAGAGUUGAGUAUCAGAAGGAGGAUGGCAGCACGCAAGUUGUCUACGCUAGUAGCGCGGUACCGGCUAUGGUGGAUAACGAAAUGAAUGGCAAAUGUGCAGACGAGGAGGGACUUCGAGCCUUCAUGCAAGAAACUGUGGCGGAUAAGACGGGCCGUGUCACCAUGGAUGUCUUGACCAUUUGCCCUGUCUGCUGGGAUGACCAGGACGGAUGGAUAGAACAUCUUAGCGAGCAGACCACCAGAACCGUCGAUGAAAUGUUAGACGAAUACUUGGAUGAUAUUGUUAGUGCAUCAGGGGAGGUUACUAUCCUCCAUGAAUUGAUGCACACUGAGUCAUUCUUUACUUCAUCAUUCGUCAUGGAGGACGAGCAACAAGACAGCGGGACAGAGGCCUAUAAAUGGGAGAACUGCUAUGAUCUGGCUCAAGACACCUCAACAAGGGCUAGUGCAAUGACAAACGCUGGUGAGUUUGCGCCCUUGGUAUCUAUGGUACCUCUCCAAGCUUGGGAUCUGUCAUUCUGA